AUGCGUGUUGGGAGACCAGAAGAAGAGCAAAACCCAACAACGGUGUUCGUAUGGGCGGGUAGCAGACCCAAGAGAAGACUCAAAAAACGGAAAGAGGUUCAGACACGAGACCUCUCGAGCAAUCCACAGGUCCUGCUCAGACCAGAGACCCAGCAAGUUGUGACCAGCGACAACGUGGAAAGCAAUCAUUUUCAACAGUUCACAAUCGAGAUUGUCACCUCCUGCGUGGGAAACUACACACGCCAGUACGUUUCGUUAAACGUGUUUCUCGGAUUCGUUUUGGGUUCGGUGAAGAGAUUUUCCUCUUUUGCCGCUGUCCGAUUCUUGGCGGUUCACCUCAAAGACUCUGACCUCGCGAGUCCACGUUUUUUUGCUUGGCGCUGCCGACUGGACGACCCCAAAGGAGAUAUCGACGCCGCAGUUGAAUUUAGCUAG